AAGUGUCAAUGUCAGAUUGGUCUCGUAAAACUGUGGAUUUGCGGCUACAUUUUUAUAAAAAUGAAGUAUUUUAGUAUGUAUUCGUUACUUUUCCUAAUUCUGCUAAUAGAUUUUAGUACAGCUUUGUACUUUCACAUAGCAGAGGGCGAAAGAAAAUGCUUCAUCGAAGAAAUUCCCGACGACACGACAGUACUGGUGAACUACAAGGUUGAGCUGUUUGACCCCCGAUCCGGGGGCUUCAUGAAGUCGGCUCCCGGAAUAGGGAUGCAUGUGGAGGUUCGGGAUCCAAAUGACAGAGUUGUGUUGUCCCGCGUCUACUCCUCUGAGGGAAUGAUCUCUUUCACUUCUACCACUCCCGGAGAGCACGUGAUCUGUAUGUACUCAAACAGUUCCUCCUGGUUCAGUGGAUCACAGAUAAGAGUUCAUCUUGACAUUCAAGUUGGCGAGCAUGCAGUGGACUAUGCUAAUGUUGCACAGAAAGACAAGCUGUCAGAGCUACAACUGAGGAUCAGACAGCUCUUGGAUCAGGUCCACCAGAUCACAAAGGAACAAAGUUACCAAAGGCACCGAGAGGAAAGAUUCAGACAGACGUCAGAAAGCACAAACCAGCGAGUCCUGUGGUGGAGUCUGCUGCAGACUGGGGUCCUUCUCGGCAUUGGCUACUGGCAAAUGCGUCACUUGAAGAGUUUCUUUGAGGCUAAGAAAUUAGUGUAAAC